GACCCCAAACUUUCCUGAAUUCUUCCCUGCUGAAUCGAUGCUUCAGAAAAACCCCAAACCCAGUUUCUUGAAUUUGAAGAAGAUUUAAGAGAGACUUGCCGGCGAUUUAGGGUUGAAAAAUGGGGAAAAGGAAGAAGUCUAGGGUUUCACAGGAAGAAGAUGAAGAGGUAGAAGAAGACUGCGAAGAACAACAGCAGCAUCAGGAGGAUAACAGUCAGCCUUCCUCCAGCGGGAAGAGCUUAUACGAGGUCCUUGGUGUGGAACAAACAGCGUCCAAGCAAGAGAUUAAGAAAGCUUAUUACAAGUUGGCAUUGAGACUGCACCCAGAUAAAAAUCCGGAUGAUGAGGAAGCUAAAGAGAAGUUUCAGCAACUGCAAAAGGUCAUAUCCAUUCUUGGUGAUGAUGAGAAGCGAGCACUUUAUGAUCAAACUGGAUGUGUUGAUGAUGCGGACCUUGCAGGGGAUGCUGUUCAAAAUUUGCAAGAUUUCUUAAGAACCAUGUAUAAGAAGGUUACUGUGGCUGAUAUUGAAGAAUUUGAAGCAAAUUAUAGGGGUUCUGAUUCUGAGAAGAAAGAUUUGAUUGAUCUUUAUAAGAAGUGCAAGGGAAAAAUGAACAGGCUCUUCUGUUCAAUGCUUUGUUCGGAUCCUAAGCUUGAUUCCCACCGUUUCAAGGAUAUUAUUGAUGAGGCAAUCAGUGCUGGGGAAGUCAAGGAAACUAAAGAUUACAAGAAAUGGGCAAAAAAAAUAUCCAAAAUUAAGCCACCUACAAGUCCCCCGAGGAGAAAGGGGAAAAUUUGCAGGUCAAAUAAACAGGCGGAGCCAGAUCUUUUUGCAAUCAUAUCUCAGCGCCGAAGUGAGAGGAAAGACCAGUUUGAUUCAAUGUUCUCCUCACUGGUGUCAAAGUACGGUGGCAAUGCAGACGCUGAGCCUAGUGAAGAAGAAUUUGCAACUGCACAGAAGAAACUUGAAAACCGCAGGCCCUCCAAAAAAUCGAAGAGGAACUAAAUCACACAUCAUCCUUAUUUAUUCUAGGACAAUUUUGUCUGUACAAAUAUUUAGAAUAUGCUCCCGCUUUGCUGAUUGAUCUUUCCUGUUGUUUUAACUUAAAUUAUGUCUGAUUCCUCUUCUUCUUGAUGAAACAGUUUAGAUGCAAUAGUAAUAUGCCAUCAACUUGCAUCAGUGAUGUCGUUACAACAAUUAUUGUUUUGGUGGUACAUAAUGAAAGCAUAGUUUUUUC